GAACUAAAUUAAUCAUAAUUCUACUCAUGGAUUCCUUUGAUAUGCCACUCUCCCUACGGAUUAUAAUAAUUUUCUGAUAAUAUGUUAACUUGAGAUAAAUUGAGAUUCGACACGAAUUUUUAUGAAAAUUUAAAAAUUUCUUUAUUUUUUGUUACUUUUAAUGACCCUCCGCAUUCUUCGAAUUUUCUCGUUAAUUAUUUUACGAGGUAGAUAAUAAAAUCUUAUAAAAGGCCUAUCCCUAACGUUCACCGUUUCAUUUUUGUCAAAUAUUAAUAAUUUAAACAUUCCCUAACAGUGCCUUAAUAAGUUAACUAAUGAAAUUCAUCGAAUUCCACAACUUACUUGUAUCAACAGCGUACCAACCCUUUCGGCAAGAGAACUCACGUCAUUGCGAAUCUAUCCACAUUUUUACGAAUUAACGCGAUAAAAACAGAAGACUUGUUGGAACAGACAGGAAAAAAUUCAUUCCCACCAAAGUUACUCCCUACAUAUUUUUCAUGUGGUUUCUUCAACCCUUUGUAAUUCCAUUCCAUGGUAGAAGGGACUUUCAGGAUAUGGAAUCUCGCAGAAUUUUGCGAAGACCUCGUAAGGAUACUAGUGCUACCCCAUUAGGAAAUCCCCGAGGAAGAAAAAGCACUCGAGAGAUUAGCUAGGUUGGCUUAACUCGGAUGUUUCAAGAACCGAAAAUGGAAUACGAAAACGUAUCGGAUAGUAACGAGACGUACUUUCUUUCUGCAAAUGAAACCAUCACCGAGGAUUAUAUAUUCGAUAGGACAGAAGUUAAGGUGGUUUUCAUCACCCUCUACUCCAUAGUCUUCCUCUGCUGUUUCUUCGGUAACCUACUGGUGAUCCUGGUGGUCUCGUUCUCACGGCGACUCCGCAGCAUCACGAACUUUUUCCUGGCAAAUCUGGCGGUUGCUGAUCUCUGCGUAGGGAUAUUCUGCGUCUAUCAGACCCUGACAAAUUACCUUAUGAAUAGCUGGCAGCUUGGUAAUUUUCUCUGCAAAGUCUACAUGUUCGUCCACGCGCUGUCCUAUACAGCGAGUAUAAUGAUCCUGGUCGUGGUAUGUUCGGAGCGAUAUCUGGCCAUUGUACACCCUAUGAAAUGCCGGGCGAUGUUAACCAGGGGUCGUCUCAGAAUCGUUAUCGGAGUGGUGUGGCUCCUGGCAGCCGUUUAUGCAUCACCGAGAUUCAUCUACGUCGAGACGAUUAACAAUGAGCUCAAAGCUGGUGGUGUGGACAUCAUCUGCACAGCUAAUAUGAAUAAGCACAAUAAGAAAGUCCUGGACGCAGUCAAUCUGAUAUUCCUCUACUUGCUACCGCUUUUCCUUAUGUGCUGCCUGUACACUAGGAUUGCCGUAGGUCUCUGGAGAAGUGGUGCCACUCUAGGAGGACCUGGUCUAGUCGCCAGAGCCAGAAAUGGCCGAGUCCACCACGUGCACACAUCCAGCAGAAACGUCCUCAGAGCCAGAAGAGGAGUGAUAAGAAUGCUUAUCGCCGUAGUAGUCAUGUUUGCUAUAUGCAAUCUUCCGCAACAUGCCCGGAUACUCUGGCUCCACUGGGACUCAAAUUAUGAUCCUACGGCAGACUUCAGCACAAUCCUAACGGUUUCGACGUUUCUAAUCUCCUACAUGAACUCCUGCUUGAAUCCACUCCUCUAUGCGUUCCUUUCACGAAACUUUCGCAAAGGCAUGAAAGAGUUGCUAAUCUGUAGCCCUCGGAGUCAAGCUCGUCGUCUGGGUAUAGGUUGCACCAGAGGCCAUAUCUGUAGACAUGAAAACGGACAGAAUACUAACAUACCACAUAGCUCAGUGGUCAGAUUGAGUUCAGCUCAUGACAGCCCCAGUACUACUCAUACGAUCACCAGGCAAAGUACCUACGAUAGAAGCGCCUGAAUAUGGUACCUUUAUGGUAACUUUGAGACAAGGUCAGGUCAAUCCUGAUCUUCUGAACAAGAAUACAUUACAUGACUCCUCGAAUCCUUGUCCCCAUUAUCAAUGCACAUUGUUGUGAUGCUCAGCACCUAAUCCACUCACCAUAGUAAAGUCAAUGAAUCUAAUCCACCUCUUGGUGAAUACUUAGGAAUGUCUCUAGGCUAUGUAAGCCAAUCUAGAUGCCCAUUCGAUCGUGGUUGCUAUGCAAAUGUUUUGUGUAUAUUGAAAGGAGGGUCUGUAACGAAGACUCGAUCUUUGUGUCCCUUGGGAUGAACGGAGUGCAUUGGAAGAAUCUUGUAGCUACCACGUGAACAACGUUGUAACCAAACACUCUGAGUCCAGUAACAAUUCUCAAGAUCACAGUGUAAAGUAAGACAUUAAUAAUCGACCUGACGGAUUGUACUUGUUCUUUGUAUAGUGAUAGGUCCAAGUCCAGGAUGCACGAAUGGGUUAACCCAAUUUUCGAAUUUCAAAAAAUUGUUAUACUUGGCAGCUCCAAUUGAAAUUCUUAGGUGGCAAAGCCACCCUGGAAAUAUAUACCUU